AUGACCUUCCUGUUUUGCAAGUGGUUGAUAGCCGCUAAUAUCGUCCCUCAACAUAGGGGAAUAUCGGACUCAGAGGAAGAGGCAGCUCCGCAGCAAGCGACAGAGGCGACUCAUGAGGCUAUGGUGUCGACUCGAGGAAAAGAGGCUGCUGAAUCAUCGAGAAAAGGAAAGGAACCGGUUCUUCCAGCUGUUAGUGAAGAGGAAUUUGAUAGUGAGGAAACGGAGACUUCUGAAGAGGCGGGUGAGACUGGCUCGAGUUCUGAUGAAAGAGCUGGUCUCCCUGAUUCUUUCUUUGAAAGGGGACUUACUCAAGCUUCCCCCAGAGUUGAACUGCGCACUAAAUAUCACCAUGAGGGUUCUGAAGCACGUCCACUGAAGAGACAGAAGAAAGUUGUCUCUAAGCCACGCGUUCAUCUUCCUGCUCUAGAAGAGACGUCUGAUCGUAGUGCUUCUUCUGAUGAACAAGGGAAUCAAGAAGAAGGAGAAUUGCCAGCUGAUGCUGUUUCUCCCGGAGGUAUGGAGACUGAGGAGACCAGCUUCGUCCAGCAAAUGCAGGAUGCUCUGAAAGAAUGA